GUAAUGUUUUUCUGAAAAGUGGGGCUGAAGAAGAGUCAGGAGCUUAAGUUAAACUACGUUUCUUUGUAAGAUCGAGAAACUUCAAUGUAGAUGUCGAUGGAUCUAAUUUUCACCUUUGUGUUACUGGCUCCGACAGUUUCGCUGAUAUUUGGUGGAAAGUGCGAACCGAUCAGGAUUACAUCAUGCUCUAACGCUGGUUACCCUCUAACUGCAAGAUUUCUUGAUGUUAACGGCACAGCAUACCAAGACUUUCAAGCGCCACGCUUGGAUUUAUACAUCUCUUUGCUGCAGACUUGUUCAGCUCACGCUAGCACGAUGCUAUGUUCGUUGUAUGUGCCGAAAUGCGAAGAAAACCGGACAGAUUCUCAGCCUCCGUGUUACCAAGUUUGCGCAAAGUUUGUGAGAGACUGCCAAAGCCUUCUUACAAAGGCAGGCCUCGCUGGAUUGUUUACUGUACUGUGCGAAACGUUACCCGAUGGAAAUUCUAACUCAAACGAAUGUUUUUAUCCGUUAAACUUUAAGCAAUCGUCAUCUGGAGGAUCAAAACCGGCUCCUAUGUGCUACAGUGUUGUUGAUCCAGUUUGCAAGAAACAUUUACACUAUGACAAAACAGUGAUACCGACAAACCUACAAACAGGCGAGGAAACCUUAUUCAAGCCAAUCAUCAACAGCAAAUGUUCAGCAGAAAUGGAAAAGUUUAUUUGCUAUGCACAGUUUUCUCCUUGUAAUGUUAAUCAGCCAACUCAGAUACCAUGUAAAUCGCUCUGUGAUAGAAUUCAAAAAGAUUGCUGGAAGGAGUUCAACGAGGCUAGGCUGCUCCUUCCACAUUGUGAUUAUGUUUACCCAGAUUAUGAUAAUCCAAAAGAUAUUUGCGAGGUAAAGAAGUGGCCAGCUCAAUGGCCUGAAACAUUUAGGCCACCAACACCUGAAAUUGGAACCUGUGAGGAGCUCACUGUGAAAUCAUGUGCCAAAGCAAACUACAAAUAUACUGCUAAGUAUCUUAAAGUUGGUAAUGAGACCUUCCAACAGUAUAAAGGAAGACUGCUUGAUGCACUUAUUCCACACGUUGAGAGUUGUUCCCCUUACAGUAGCUUGAUUCUCUGCUCCUUGUAUCUGCCCAAAUGUGUCCCUGGAAGUGCUAGACCAAUGUUACCAUGCCGACAAGUUUGUUUGGAUUUUGCGGACAACUGCAAGACACAAUUGACUUUGGCAUCAACUGUGGGAAUGACAGUAGCACUCUGUGAUCUUCUUCCUGUUUACGAUGCGACACCAAACAAGUGCAUUAUGCCAGACAGUUUCAAGACAAAAUCUUCAGUGCAAUUAUUCUCCACCAGAAAUAUUUGCUACAAAGUAACAUCUUCCAAGUGUUCCAAAGACCUUCAUUUUGACAAAACCUUUUUGCCAACGGAUCUUCAGAGGGCUGCAGAGCUCACCAUUCUUCAACCAGUCAUUGAUUCAGGAUGCUCACCAGACAUUGAAAAAUACUUGUGCCUGACCCGCAUGCCACAGUGUACAGCAGAUACAUCUGUGGUUCACUUGCCAUGCAGGGAAUUCUGUAAGAGGAUAACUAAAGACUGUGGAGCAGUAUUAAAGGAAAACAAAAUUGCUGCCCUUCAUUGUGAUUAUUUCUUCCCUGAAGGAGACAGUUCAACUGGGCAGUGUGACUUAAAAAGUUGGCCUGCUCCUUGGCCUUGGAAAAUACCAGAUCCAUCUCCUCCCAUUUCAGAUAGUCCCACCAAAUGUGUUCCUCUGAAAGCAGAGGCUUGUGCGAGUGCCGGUUAUGACCUCACAGCAGACUUUCCAUCCAUUGAUGGCAAACCAUAUCAGAUGGUCAAAGAAAAAAGUUUGAAGUUUUUCUUGGAUUUUUUGAAAGUGUGCUCUAAAUACAGCAGCACGAUCAUGUGCUCUUUGUUCAUGCCAAAGUGUGUGGAGGGACAGCAAAAACCUGUUCUGCCCUGUCGCAGUGUAUGUCUGGAGUUUGUGAACAAAUGUCACCGUUUACUGUCGUUAGCCUCACAUGCAGGAUUGUUUAGAUCUCUUUGUGAUCUUUUGCCUGAGCAGGAUACAUUCGUGACCACAUGUUUCGUGCCUCAAGGAUUCACAGCGAGCACUACUUCUGUCAACAGGCGAAAUGGCCAGUGCAGCAAAAUUAAAGAACCAAACCUAGAGAAGUACCUUUGCUACACAACCGUUCCACCAUGUAAGACGAGUGAUUUGUCCGUCUACGUGCCUUGUAGAUCUGUCUGUGAGCAGGUGAGAAGAGAUUGUGGAGGUGAAUUCGAGAGAAAUAAACUUCCGUUACCCGAGUGCACGUGGAUUUACCCUGAUGAAGACGGCACUGAUGGGUUAUGCCAACUGAGUGAAUUUCCAGUUCCCUGGCCUGCGAAGAGAAUAGAUGUGAAGACUGCGGUACAGCCGGAAAAAUCUGCCAACAAAGGUGGCUUGAUCGCUGGCGUCGUCAUUAUGUUGGGCGUCCUCAUUGUAGUUGUUAUCAUCGCCGUGAUGUACUACCACUGGCGCCGCGGUUCCAAGCAGUUCUCGGCACAGCGGUUUGACAACAAAUUACCAAGUUAUGCCACAAAUAACUGUGUUUAUUGCAGUUUUCUAUUUUACUUGACCAAUACUGCUGUAAAGAGCACAUCAACUCAAACAGUUAGACGAGUUGUGAUCGACUUAAUCACCGAAAGCAAAGGAUCGAACGAUUGUAAAAAAUUAACGAGACACGCGCUUUCAACAGAACAUUCACAAAUGUUGCAUCCUAAACUCUUCGUCGUCCUUCUUCUCGCCUCGUUUUCGAAAGAAUUCACUGAAGCUAAAGGGCAAUGUGGUCCCUUAAACAGAACCCUUAACCGGCUUGAGCAAAUCUGCGGCUACGAGUACACCGCAUUAUAUGACUUUGAACACCAUUUCACUAGCGCCUCACGAGCCGUUCCGUCCUUGAUAAAUCUACUCAAGAACUGUUCUGCGAUGGUGAACACCAUGAUGUGUUCUCUAUUCGUACCGCGAUGCGAGGAGGAUAUACCUGGACCAUAUUUACCCUGUAGAGGUGUUUGCUACGAUUAUGCGACGAAAUGCCAACAUGUUAUCGAAGCACAAGGACUUCAAUGGACAGUGGCCAUGUGCGACAUAUUACCCGAGCGAGAUGACCCAAAUACCAAACUUGGAUAUAGAGGAAGAUGUUUCACACCGCCUAAUUUCAGAGAUAGCGGUAAAACGUACAAACACAACUGUUCAGAUAUAGUUGUUCCUGCUUGCCAAGGAAUCCCAGGCUACACUAAAACAGUAGUUUCAGAAGCGAUUCAACGACGAUACCAGAAGUACAUUGUUAACACCAUCGGUCAGGGUACCAACAUCACCUGCCAGGAGAAACGGAAAGAAAUCGUGUGCGCCGAGAAUUUGCCGGGGUGUAUCGACGGCUCGGCUGCCUUCCUCUGCAGAGACACUUGUGAAAAGUUCUUCAAUACGUGUAAAUCGCCAUUCUUUUAUGGAAUAGAUAUGUGUAUGGAAUUUCCGAGCAGAGAAACCACUCCCAAGUCUGCAUCGAUAUGCAAACAGACCCACUGGCCUCGCGCAGAGAACUGGGAUUUUCGUGCAAACCCAACUGGUCAACCUAUAACUGCCUCUACAAAAGGUGCAAUAACAACCUUUUCUCAAGGUCCAACUACACCCAGUUCACAUGAACCCGAAGCAACUAAACAUCAUGGAGGCGCAAUCAAUGUUGGAACUGAGGAACCAUUGACAGUAAAACGACUUCCCGGGAUCCACGCUAGAAAAUCACAAAAGGACAAGAAAACUGGCACAAGCAAAGUAGCAAUCGGGCUUAUAGUAACUUUUAUUGUACUUCUUGUAAUCGCUAUAGGAAUUGUGGGGGUUUUGUUUUACAGGAAGAGACGAGGAAGUCGUCACUUCGACUAUCAGAAACAAAUACUUUACUCGGAGGACAAAGCAGAUGAAUUUGAAAUUUUCACUUGAUGUUUCAAAAUGUUCUCUAUAAGAACUCUUUCAUAUAACUGAUGGGGCUAAAAGCUUUUCUUUUGUAUAUAUAUGAAUCAGUUUUAUUAGCUUCGUACACGUUCGAAUAAUUUCGUUUCAAAAACGAGGCCAAGAGAAUUUAAUUGCAAGUAAUUAUGCCCGCUAUUUACUGACGAAGUAGUGCAUAACAAAAAAGAGGAUCUUGAAUGUUAUUUAAUGAAAAUUGUCCCCACGUACCACGGACAAUAGAUGUGACUCGCUUUUGAACUCUUUCUCUAGCCUGGGAAAAUAGAGCCUGUACAUAGCUAAAAGCAUUACAUUAUCUUAGUCUUUGAAGACCGUUGAUAAGGCUCACCGCCUAUAAACUUUGGCAAGCUCACCGGUACAAAAUCGUUGAAAAUUAAUCGCUUAUAUGACUGGAGAUGUUUGCAAUAGACACGGGGGAGCCAACAAAUUAUGGGACCGAAAUUAUGGGAGUAAUGAAAAGCUUCAUAUUUUGGAACUAAAUUGCGAUGAAUUUUCUCUUUUAACCUGAAAAGUAACGAACUUAAAUUACCUGGAAUGUAUAAAGGGGGCAAGUUUCUAAAGAAACAGUGGUGCUGCGUCGGUGAGAGUUAUUACAAGAUAAUUUGGUUUUAUCAAAGUUGAGUAUGCAAAUUGGGCUUCGUAAAGAGUCUCUAAAGCUGAUGGUUCGAGCGUUAAGCCGUCUUCAGAGCGAAUAUAACUUCUAGGUAAUCUUUCAAAUCGCCAGAAUUCGCCUUCUUUAGCCACAGAAACGAUCAUGCCCUAGACUGAUCUAAAUUAAAUUAUGCAAACGGUCACAUCAUUUGUGUGGGUCUCCGUGGGAUAGAACGGUUUGUUGUUUACCAUUGGCAGGAGAAGAAAGACUUUGACUCUUGCCAUUAGUAAACACAAUGUCUUGUAAAGGGUAAAAUAAACUUAUCCUGGCCUCACAAAGUUCACUUCUCCACGAACAUGCACGUUUUUUUUUUUUUUAACCAAGUGAGCCAUUUUAACUAAGAAAUUAGCCAACAUUGGAAAGUUUUAAAUUAAAUUUAGGAAAAACCCUUAAGUUAGUUUUUUCGUUGUCGUAUUUAGGAAAUCGAAAAUAUAAGGAAAGGUGCGUUUUUUCCUCGGCGGAGGGAGAAGGAGGUAAGGGUGGGGCCUCAGAGGGGAAGGUGAAAGAGGUGGGGGGCAUUAGGGUUUGCGGUUUUGCGGUUUUUGCUAUUUGUUAGAUCGGUUUUAUGGUUUUUGUGCAAAAAACUUCGGUUUUUCGGUUUUGUUGUUCAUUGCGUUUUGCGGAUUUUCCGUUUUCAGCAUUUCGUUUUCGGUUUUCGGUUUUCGUUAAAUUUGAAUAGCCGUGAAACCUAUGUUGCUCCACUUGUAAUCACAGUAUCAGAUCGAUUAGGAUUUUGACAGCUGAGCUGUGCAAAUUUAUUGGUUUAGACGGUUUUCUAUGGGUAGUUUGGAAAAUAAGGAAUGCCGGCAUUCGGAACCGGAACCGGAAUACUCUGAAUA